GUCGGCGGUUUCUUUCUCCUCGCCAUCCUCUUCAAUCGUACUGUUUCCAGCAUUGCUCCUGUUGCCGACGCUAGUAGGUUAGUAAUUUGACUGGCGAAUUUCCGGAGAUUGUUGUUUGAUUUAAUUGUUUUGCUUGUUGAUUUCAUUGUAUUUUGUUUAUUAAUUAACGCUUUGAUUUUCGAAUUUAAAUGAUCAAUUUUUAUCUGGAAUUUGUAUUUUUGUUGUUGUUGCUACGACAAAUUCGACCUGAGAUAAAUUAGGGUACAUGCGGUUUGAUAAUUGCUGUAGAUGAUGUCGAAUAUUUGUUGUUUAAUCAUGUUUCUGAUUAUUGCAUGAAUGCAUCGUAUUAUGCUGUAAUUGAUAGGACUAGUUUUAAAAGUUAAAUAUUGGUAUUUUAGUUGAUAAUUGAAGGCAGGAAAACAGCUCAAUUCGUCAUACCAACCAACUCAAUUUAUAAGAGAACAAAGAAAAUCAGAGGAUGGUUACAAUUGGAGGAAAUAUGGGCAGAAAUAGGUAAAAGGGAGUGAAAAUCCAAGGAGUUAUUACAAGUGUACAUUUCCAAAUUGUCCAAUGAAGAAGAAGAUUAAAAGGGCAAUUGAUGGUCAAAUUACUGAGAUUGUUUACAAGGGUACUCAUAAUCAUCCUAAGUCUGUAAACACCAGAAGAUCCUCCACUUCUGCAGCUUUUCAGCAAGGUUCUGUUCCUCAAUCAUCUAAUGGUUACCAUGACCAUUCAUUGGGCCCACAGAGAUCAUCAUCCGGGCAAAUGGAUUCCGUUGCUACACCAGAGAAUUCGUCGAUUUCGAUGGCCGAUGAUGAGGUUGGUUCUCAGAGGAGUAGAUCAGUUGGGACUAAUCUUGACGAUGUUGAUCGGCCUGAGGCUAAAAGAUGGAGAGGAGAAGUGAAGAAUGAAUGUAUGUCAACUGCACCAGGGAGUAGAGUAGUGAGAGAGCCAAGAGUAGUAGUUCAAACAACAAGUGAUAUUGAUAUAUUGGAUGAUUGAUAUAGAUGGAGGAAAUAUGGUCAGAAAGUUGUUAAGGGAAAUCCAAAUCCAAGGUAAAUUCAUACUUUUUUCCUUAUUAUAACUAUUAUCUUGUUUUUGGUUCAAAAAGUUAGUAUUGGAUUUUGGCUAGUUUUAGUAUAUAAAAAGUGAACAUAUUUGUAUAAAAAUUUGUCUGCCUUUUUUAUGCAUUUUAGGUCUAGGCAAUAAAAAAAAUACAUAUUAAUGAAUGAUGAUGGAAUGGCUUUAAUCUCAUUACUUGGCUAAUUAAUGUAUGAUUGAUUUGAUGAUAACCCGGGAUGUUUGAGGAUGGGUGUGAUGCCGUGUCACUAGCUGUUGUUGAGUGCGUUAGGCAGUUGGGCAUGUGGUGUAUUGCAGGGUAGCUGAGGCUAGCAUCAAGUGGGUGGUAAAAUGAGCAACCAUUUGUAAAAUAAACAAACAAUUCUUUGAUCAUUUGGAAAAUGAGCAAUCGAUUUUUUGCUCUUUCAUCAAAUGAGCAAA